AUGUCACCAACGGCGACUUCACUCGAUAAUGAACCCGCAAAUAAUAGUCGAGUGGGCGCAAAGGGGACGACUGUGUCAGGCAAAAAGCUCAAAAUCAGGUCGUACCCGAGGUUUGAGAGUUUAGAAGAAGAGAGAUUAUAUCGCAAACAGCAUCUGGCUGCUGCAUUUAGAAUAUUUGCCGAUCGAGGUUUCGAUGAAGGGGUUGCUGGCCAUAUAUCAGUUCGUGACCCCAUUCUUGCUGAUCACUUUUGGCUUAAUCCUCUCUCUCAACAUUUCUCUCAAAUCUGUGUAUCAGACCUUAUCUUGGUGAACGAAGAUGGUGAUGUGGUAAUUGGAGAUGAGCCAAUCAAUGCUGCGGCGUUUGCAAUUCAUUCUGAAGUUCACAAAGCUCGUCCCGAUGUACAUGCUGCUUGUCAUGCCCAUUCUGUCUAUGGCAAAGCCUACAGCGUAUUCGGUCUUCCUCUUGAUAUGAUAACUCAAGAUUCUCUCCGCUUCUACAAAUCACAUAGUGUAUAUGACAAUUUUGGAGGGAUCGUACUUGACCGCGAAGAAGGUAUUCGGAUCGCGAAAAGUUUGGGCAACGGCCAGAGUGUGGAUGAGGCAGCCUUCUGGUUCAUUAGCCUUGAUAAAACUUGUCAUGCCCAGCUACUUGUUGAUGCUGCAGCUUCGGGUAGUGGGAAGAUGAAGAAGAUCAUUGGAGAUGAGGAGGCAGCUUUUACUUAUGAUCAAGUCGGAGGACCGGACAAAGGGUGGUUAGCAUUUCAAGGCUACUAUGAUGAAAUUAUGGCCAAAACAGGUGGGAAUUUCCUAAAGUGA